AACAAACAAACAAAAAACAACAAAAAAUAAGUGAGUCCAGGGAUAUGUCAAUAAGCUUCAUCUAUCUAAUCAUUCCACAGUGUACACAUAUUAAAACAUCACAUUUUUACCCCAUAAAUAUAUACAAUUGAGUCGUUCAUUUAAAAAUUAAUAAAAAUAAAAGAAGUAAAUGCAGGAUUUUAAGAUAUACAUGAGCACAGUAGUAUCACUGAAGAAAAUGAAAUAUUGCAAUAUUCUUUAAGCACUACAUAUACACUGAAUUCUUUCAACCCUGGAAAAAUGGGAAAACUGACUCAGAAAGCAUAAGUAACUUGCCCAGUUGCAUAAAGAUAGAAUGUGAAUUCUAUUGAUCCAUUGCAUUGAUCCAUCUCUAAAGUCCGUGCUGUUGCUCCCAAUGUAAACUAUGGAGAAUUCCGGUUUGAUUAAUACACGUGAACAAAUGUACUGAUAUGCUUAUUUUCAAAGAUACUUUAAAUUGGCAUUUUGGGGGAUAUUUUCAAAAUGUUCUUAAUGUGACAGAACAUUCACAAGUAUGGUCUAAAAGUGGUCAAUUUCACUGCCUCGGACUUACACAGCGUUCAGGGGCGUAAUACCUGAGAAGAGCCAGGAAAUACAAUUGGCGUCUUUUUCUUUGACAGCAUUAUUUCCUGUGUCUGCAGGAGGCACGAAAAGAUUUGACUAAUUAAACCAACACAAGCCCACAAGGUGUUCGUCUCUCAAAAGAAAGCCUUAGAACGCCGCGGGGCAGCUUGGGACUCUUUUCAGCAAAGAAUUGUGACGACCGGCCGCCGAGUUCUUGCCCACGAUGGAAGAGCAGAAAGCCAGAAGCUUGAAGCGCCUUAGAAUAACAGGAGGGCGCAGGUACUUGAAGGGUGGACGGAAGCCGACAUGGAAUUGGGCUCAGGAGACGCGGCACAGAGCUUCGGAGAACCCCGCGCUCACAUCCGGGGCACCUUAGCCGCCCGUGAGGUCACAGGUCUUUUGAGGCGGGGCCCUCAGCGCUGCCGCAGCACUUUCCAGUCGGCGCGCAUUCAGCGGCCAACUCAGCCACCGUCCUGGAUCCGGGGCGGUGGCCGGGUCCUGCGCACUCCCAGGGGGCUCCUCGGUGGGCGGAGCGGUGGGUUCAGUCAGGUGACCUCGGGGACCGGGCCGCGCGCGCGGGAACCUGGGAAGGCGGCCCGGCCAGGUCGUUAUCCAGGCAGAGGCCUGGGCUGUCAGGGCACCGACUGCGGCUGCGCGGGCGGCCUCACUCCUGUGAGGGAGGGGUGAGGGUCAGUCUGAGGGACCCAGCAGGUUGGGGCUGGUAGGGGCCACAGCGGGAGAGGCGACACUAGCUGAGGAGCAAAAUGAAAGAGCAGUUGAGGGAGAAGAAUGCGAAGUGGUUCUAGGACAAAGUAGAGAAUCAACAGAACUGGCUGAAGGAAGAUUCCAGAGGGGACCAGGGAAGGGCCAGAAUGCGAUGACUGGGACUGAGGGUGCACCCUUCAGAAAUGGCGGUGGUUCUAGAAGGCUGGCUGAUGCAGGGGAAUUCCUUUUGUACUAUUGCUCAUUCGCUUUUGUUAAUCAAAGCCUUUGAAUCCUGAAGAGCAGAAAUUCUCUCUAAACAGAAAGAUGGAAACUAAAGCACAUUUAUUCUUCCAGGCAGAAGAAAAUAUUGACUUAUUAGAUAAGGGAUCUAAUUCUUUCACAACCAUCUUGCCAUCAAGAAAUACUGCAAACAAGAAAUACAUCAAAUUUUCUAAAACAAUUGAGAAGAAAAAUUCAUCUGAAAUUAAGAAUUUGAGCCUAGAAUGCAAGAAAAAGUAUGAAGCCUCACUAUUCAUAUGUAGAGAAGAAAAAUCUGAGUUUUCAGGAGAAAAAAAAGUCCGGAGAAAGAAAAGUUUGCAAGUUCAUCUGCAUAGUAAAAGAACUGAAGUAAAUAAGGAUUUGGAAAAUGUACUUUUACCUCAGCCUGGAGUUGAGAAAGGGAAACCAUUUAGUCUUUCAGUGGGGCCUGGAGUUGAGAAAGGGAAACCCUUUAGUCUUUCAGUGGGGCCUGGAGUUAAGAAAGAGAAACCAUAUAGUCUUUCAGUGGGGGUCGCCCCUCCCUCUGUGAAGCUGCCCAAGGAGAUAGCUAGGAAAGAAAGCCUUUUGUGCAAGUUGCCAAAGCAAUACAACAUUCAGAGGACUUCAUUACCUCUUCGUAUAUCUUCAAUUUUUCGGAAAAAGGAAAUGCCUUCUAACCUCUACCUCACAUUGUAUGAAGAAGUACCCCAUGGAUAUUUAUACGCAGAAGAAUUAAGUGCACUUCAUAGAGCCUGUAUAAUUUUUAGCAAAAUUCGAAAUGGUAAGAUUUAUGUGAACGAUCUGCCACUGGUCUUUGCUACCUUGAAGAUUUCUAUAAGUGAUUCAGACAUGCUACAGGCACUAAAGAUUGUUGAUAUUGAUGUUAAUGGAAUGCUGGAUUUUUCAGAUUUCCUUAAGACUCUGAAUGAUGGCUCUUAUUUGGUCUCCCAGGAUCCAGUAUUCCAGGAUAAUUUGAAGAUUUUUCGUAGUAUAAAAGGUGGCCGAGUUGCCACUGAUGAAUUGGUGGCUGUUUUGGAUAGCAUGGGCAUCCCUAUAAAUUUUGAAACAUUUCAGGAAGUGAUAAAACAUACAUAUAUUGACAGUAACCACAUGGUGGAUAUUGGAGAUAUUGUAUUUCUUUUGGACGCACUACAGAGCCAGUAUGAAGACAUUUAUUCAGAUUUGGAUGAAAUUUCUUCAAAGAAAAAGUUAUCAAAGAUAGCAAGAUACGCUCUACGAUAUAAGAAGAAAUACAGUUUACCUUCCAGCCUGACUGAAUCAUCAAUGUCUAAAAAUUUAAUUAAGAAAAUUCCCCAAUAUCAUGGAAAAAUUGUGGAAGAAAAUGAUUCUGAAAUUAAACAAUCAAAAAAUUUUGGGCAAAUAAGAAAAUUUCCAGGUGAACCGUACUCAAAGAAUGGCAUGAAUUUUAAAAAACAUUCAGAUAAAUCUGAGAAUUAUGACUCAAGGUCUAAACUACAAAACUUGAAGAGUAUUACAAACCUCAAAAAGUCUCUGGAUAAAACUGAUAUUUCUGAUAUCCCCAAACUUCAGCAACCUGAUGUGAGAAGGCAUUCCACUCUCCUAAAACAUGUUUCAUCUAAGGAAAAUACUUCAAUGAAUACCCUGGAAAAUGUCUGUGAAGCUAUCAGUAAGCUCCAAGAAAAUUACAUUGCUCCAGAAGAACUCCAGUGCAUUUUGCCUUCAUUAGGAAUUACUUUAUUAGAUGAAGACUUACAGAAGAUUACGACAGAGACUACUAGCAAUGAAAAUGGAAUGGUGAAUUUAGAUGACUUUAUGAUGGCUCUCUGCAAAGAGCAAAGUCCUUCUGAAUAUGAUGUGUUGACAGAUGUUGUUAAAGCCAUUGAUAAAAUUAAAGAUGAAAAUGUUGAUUUUGAAGAUCUAAAUACUUGUCUUCAGAAUUUUGGAAUUUACCUUUCUAAACCAGAACUUGAGAAGAUCGUAGGGUUGACUGAAGCUGAUGAAACACAAAAAGUAAAUUUUAAAGAAUUCGUUAGUACCAUGAUGAACAACACGGAAUGCUUCUCUGAAAAAUUAUCAUUGCCUGAUACUAUUGAAAACCUCCACAAUAUCGUCAAGGAAGAGAUAAGUGUUUCUAACCUGUGGAACACUCUGUCCAGUUUGAAUAAUAAUUUAAAAAAAGAUGAGUUCCUAGAUGCACUGAAAUUAGCAACAGUUCGUGAAGGUGACAAAGUACAAUUUGAAGAAUUUGCAAAAUGUGUAAAGAAUAUGCGUGAUACCUCCAGGUUAGAAGAGUUAGAGAAGAUUGCCUUAGCCCUUGAUUCACUUGAAGGCAACAUGAUAGCUGGGAAGAAUUUGGAAGACUUUCUAAGGAAUGUUGGGAUUCAGUCACCUAAAGAAGCCAUAGAGAAUAUUACUCAAUCAAAGUUUGUUUCUGAAGAUGACAUGGUGAAUGUUAAAGACUGUAUGAAGGCUCUGAAGGACACUCAGAAAUUUUCAAAUUUUAUUGCACUGAAUGAGACUAUCAAUACAUUGGAUCACAUGAAAGAACGUUCUCAGUUUGAUAAAGAAAAAUAUUCAGAUUUACUUGAAAAUACUGACAGACAUCCUGUUACUGAUGAUACUCUUCAAAUAAUAAAGGAUAACUACUUUGCUGAAGGAGGCAAAGAUAAAUUCUACAACUUUGACAUUCACAAAGAUGAUCUUACAGCUAUUUCUGACAUUCAGCAAAAUUUAAAUGCUAUAGGAAUCCACCUAACAGAUGAAAAAAUACAGACGACUUUGGAUAAUACUAAUCCUAAUGAUGAAGUGGUACCUUUUAAAGAUUUCAUCAGAGAACUGACUAACAAUGAUGAAUUUAUUGAGUGUCAAAGAAUAGAAGAUGUGUCAAACAUUGUUAAUAAUGUCUCUGAUGGAAAAGUUGAAGUGAAAGACCUAUUAUCUACCUUGAAGAGCCUAGAGAAACGUUUAGAUGAAGAUCAGCCUGAGGUUUUACUGAAAUCUGCAGCGGAUGAAGAAAAAAUAAAAAAUAUAAUUGAGAGUUUCGCUAAUUCACCUAAAUCAUCCACACCAUGGAACAAUUUACUUAAAGAGACAGAAACUCUUGAAGAAAUUAGAAAUAAUAAGAUGCCUGUACAUGAACUAAGCUCCAAACUCCUGAGUGCUGGGAUUCCAUUAAAGCAGAAGACAUUGCAAGAAAUCCUGAGAUUGGCAUCUAUUGACGAAAAUGAUGAAACAAGUCUCAAACAAAUUUUGGAGAAUUUGGACACAGUUAAGAGUGCUCCUAUAAGUAAAGACAUACCUACUGCCCUCAAUACCGUCAGCCUGAUGAACCGUGACCAAGUUCAAGUGAAGGACUUGAAAGAUGCUCUCAGUAACCUCAAUAUUUCUCUAAAACCUGAAGAAUAUCAGGUGUUAAAAGAAACACUUGACACUGACGAAAGUGGAGACAUUUCCCAAAAGGCUGCCCUUUUAGCAUUGAAAAGCAAUAAGCGUUUUCAAGAUUUUAGAGAGGUUAAUGAACUUGCAAAAGCCUUAGACCAAGUCACCAACGAAAAAAUUGAUGUUGAUGCUGGUGAACAUAUACUGAAAGGCUUGGGGAUUCAUUUUCCAGAGGAAGAAUUACAGGAGAUGAUCUCAUCCAUUUCUGUAGAUAAAGAUGGGCAGGUAGAUUUAAAGGAUUAUCUGAAUGGAUUGAUGCAAACAUCAUAUUUUACUAAAGGUUCAAAAAUAAAAGAUGCCUUGAAAGUUCUGGCCUCCAUUAGAAAUAACGGAGCCAAGCCUGAUGACUUAGCCUCCAUGAUAAAAAACACAGGUGUUCCAUUACCCCAAGAUACUAUUCAAAGAGCACUGAAAGAUGUGGCCCCCAGGGAGGAUGGGACAGUGAAUUUAAAAGAGUUCAUGGACAAUUUGGUCAAUUCACCACUUUCAUCUGCUCCUAAAAGUGAUAAAGUUGAGGACCACAACCUAGAUAUUUUUCUAGGAAACAUGAGGAUGGAGAUGUCAGGAGGAAAGAGUGACAUCAGUAAUAUGGAUACUGUUCUGAAAAACACAGAUAUGAAACUUACAGAAGAACAACAGCAGAACCUAGAACGCUUACCAGCUACCGAGCUGGUGCUUACGAAAGUAGGCAAGGAUAUAACAGAGAGACCUGUACUCCAUCCUGCAGCUGAUGAAAAAAUAAGCCAGCUUAAGUUGAUGGAUACCGUGCAGCCUCUGAAAGGAGGGAAAAUUGAUACUAGAAAGAGCAAUAUUCCAGAGAAGAUGGAAGUGGAGCCCACAGACAAUGAAUUGCAGAUCCUACAAGACCAUUUACCAGUAGACACGAAUGUAAAGUUAAAUCUAGAUACAAUUCUGGAUGAAACUAGUAUUCUUGAAAACAAAGAGGGGAAAAUUGACGUUGAUAACCUUGACAUCAUUAUGGAGAAAAUGGGAAUGAAUUAUUCUGAGAAGGAAUCUGAAGGACUGUCACACCAGCAGCCAGAUGAUGGGAAAGUUCAACUUAAUGAACUAUUGAAUGAAGCUAAGAUUUUUAUGGGAGAGACAAUAGACAUCAGAGACUUGAACAGAAUACUAGGAAACAUGGGGAUUGAACUCACCAAAGAAGAACUCGAAGAGCUGGAACCAGACCUUGCAGUUGAUGCUGAGGGGAAGACUGACCUGAAGUCAUUGAUGGAUGCAGUGCAAAUUGUUACAGGAGGAGAAGUUGACCCCAGUGACCUGGAAAAUGUUUUGCAAAACAUGGGGAUUGAGCUCACGUCCAGAGAACAAUUGGAGUUAAAUAAAUCACUCCCAACUGAUGCUAAUGGGAAACUAUACAAGAACAGAUUGCUGAAACAAGCAAAUGCUAUAAAAGGGUUGCAAGCUGAUAUUCAUGACCUUGACAGCAUCCUUGGAAACAUGGCAUUCAAAAUCACACCCGAGACACUUACGGAUUUAGCGCCAGAUCUGCUAGUUGCUGGAGGAGAGAUUGAUGUUAAUGUUACAGAAAAGUUUCCAGGAAAUAUUGGAAUAGAAUUUAAAGAUAAAGAACACUGGGAGAUGGUGGAUAAUCUACCAAUUGAUGGAGAGAAGGUUAAUGUGAAUAAUUUGGCCAGCGUUCUGGGGAAAAUGGGGCUUAGUCUCACAGAAAAGGAAAUGAAAAGCCUGACAGAAAACCUUAAAGGAGAAGAAUUUGAUAUUAGUGAUAUGAAAAGUGUCCUAGAAAAUAUGGGCGUAGAACUUAUACCUAAAGGAAGCCUGGAGCAGUUGAACAAUUUACAGGCUGAUGAUGAUGGGAAAGUCUAUGAAAAGAGACUGAUGGAUGAAGUGAAAACUCUUAAAGGAGGGAUUAUUGAUGUCAGUAAGGUGGAUGCUCUUUUGGAAGACACGGGGACAGAUCUCGCAGAAAAGGAAAUUAGUAAUCUGACGCACGGUCCGCCAACUGAUGAAGCAGUUAAUGUCAGUGAUACUGAAAAUGUCCUGGGGACAAUGAAAAUAACUGUCACAGAUAAGGAAGAUGUAGAGCUGGUUAAAAGUCUACAACUUAAUGGUAAUGGAAAAGUCUACAGGAACAUGUUACUGGAUGAUUUGGAUUCUCUUAAUGAAAUUACUAAUGUCACUAAAGUUGAUUCAUCUUUGAAAAAUAUGGAAUGGAAGCUCACAGAAGAAGAAAUUGAAGAUCGGAAAUACAGCCUGCCCAUUGAUGGUAAACAAAUUGACAUCAGUGGUCUUGAAAACAUUCUAGGAAGCAUGGAGGUUGGAGACACAGAAGAGGAAUUCUCAAAUCUUCAGGAAACUCUGCCAAUUGAUGGAGGGAAGAUUGAUGUCAGCAGCAUAGACAUUAUUCCAGAAGAUAUGAAGCUCAAGCCCACAGAAUCACAGGGUAUAGAUCUAUCAGAUAACAUACCAGUUGGUGGCUCCAAAAAAAGUGAUCUGAAAACACUUUCUACAGCUAAAAUGGAAACUAUCAUAGGAGAAGAAGUUGACGUUGAUGACAUGGAACCAGUUUUAGGAAACGUGGGAACAGAGUUGACAGGAGGAAAGAUUGAUGCCAAUAAAGUGAAUACACUUUUAGAAAAUAUGGGUAUGAAACUCACUGAAGAGGAGCUUGGUGAUCUAACACAAAAUCUGAUUGUUAAUGGUGAUGGUAAGGUUGAUCUGAAAAGGGUGAUGAAUGAAAUGAAACCUUUUACGAGAGACAAAGUUGAUCCAAAUCAACUGGAAAGCAUCUUGAGAAACUUGGGAAUUAAGCUCACACCUAGUGAACACUUGGAGUUGAAGCCACUGCCAGAUAAUGCCAAUGAAGAAGUAUAUCAGAAAAGGUUGAUGAAGGGCAUAACGUCUUUCAACCGAGACAGUGUUGAUGUCGAUCAGCUGGACACUUUUUUAGAAAACAUGGGGAUCACAAUCACAGAACAAGAAUUCAUGGAUCUAACAAAUAGACUGUCAGAUGAUGCUGAAGGGAAAAUCCAAGUAAGCCAGUUGAUGGAAGAAUUGACUGCUGUUUUAGGAGAGCAGAUAGAUGUCAGUGACCUAGACAAGGCUCUGAAAGACAUGAAACUUGAGUUCACAGAAAGACAAUAUUCACAGCUAGUGAAAAUUCUACCACUGGAUGCUCAAGGAAAGGUGUUUAAAAAAAGGUUGCUGGAUGGUAUAAAAACUGUUAAAGGAGGAAAAGUUGAUGUGAAUAACCUGAAUACUUUUCUGGAAAAUAUGGAGAUUCAGCUUUCAGAUGAAGAAUUUGAAGAUUUUUCACAAAACCUACCAGUUGAUGUUGAUGGGAAAAUUGAUCUGGAAAAUGUGAUGCUGAGAAUGAAAGAUUUUACAGGAGAGAAGAUUAAUGCUAGCGAUUUGAAAAAUGUUCUUGGAGACAUGGGAAUAGAAGUCAAUGAUAAGGAAUGUGUGGAUCUGCUGGACUCACUGCCAGCUGAUGGUGACAAGAAAGUUUUUCGGAACAGGAUGCUGGCAGGUUUGAAGUCUUUCAAAGGAGGAAAGGUUGAUCUCAGUAACCUGAAAGCAAUUCUAGGGAACAUGGGGAUCAAGCUAAAAAAUACGGAACUUAAAAGUGUGGUACAAAAUCAGCGUACUGAUGAUAAUGGAAAUGUGCCUCUGGAAAAGGUGAUGGACGAUGUCAGUGCAGUUAGAGGAAAAAAAGUUAGUCUGCACGAUGUUGAAAAUUUUCUGGAAGAUACUGGAAUAGAAUUGAUGCCUGAAGAAUUCUUGGAAUUAGUGAAAACUCUACAAGUUGAUGAUGAUGGAAAUCUAUAUGAAAGUAGAAUCCUUGAUGGUGUGAAAUCUUUCAAAGGUGGGAAAGUUCACAUCAAUAACCUGAAAAACGUAUUAGAAAAUAUGAAACUCAAGAUCCCAGACAAGAAACUUAAAGAUUUAUCACAAAACCUACCAGUUGAUGCUUCUGGGAGGACUAAUCUACAUCAACUGAUAAAAGAAGUAAAGAAGUUUACAGGAGGAGAAAUUGAAGCCAAAGACAUACAAAAAGUACUCAGAAAUAUGGGGAUAGAACUCACAAAUAGGGAACUUUGGGAGCUGCUGAAAAUGUUGCCAGUUACCGAUGAUGGAAAAGUAUAUAAAAAUAUAUUGCUUGAUAAUAUAAAAACAUCUCCUGUUGGGAAAUUCCAUGUCUCUAAAAUGAAUGCCAUCCUAGAAGAUAUGGAUUAUGAACUAGAGGAUGAAGAGGUUGAGGACCUGAGGAACCACCUGCCAACUGCUGAUGAAAAGAUUAAGCUGAAUACGAUGAUGAAAGAUGUAGAAUUAUUUACAGGAACCAAGACUAAUGUUAAUGAGAUAGAUGCUGUUUUGAAAAGCAUGGGAAUAGAGCUCACUCCUAAGGAACGCUGGGAGCUGCUAAAGACUCUGCCGGUUACUGCCGACGGAAAGGUGUAUCACAAUCGAUUACUAAACGCUUUAAAGAAUUUCCACAGAGGGAAGGCUUUUGAAAAUAAACUUGAAACUAUUCUGGAAAACAUGAACUAUGAACUUGGAGAAAAAGAAAUGAAAGAUUUACAGAACCACUUGAAAACUGAUGAUAAAGGAAGAGUUUCCCUGAAUUCUUUGAUAAAUGCAGCCAAUUUGUUUUCUGGUAAUAAGAUUAAUGCCAGUGACACACAACUUUACCUGAAAAAUAUAGGUAUUGAAUUAACAAAUAAUGAAAACCAGGAACUACUAGACACACUGCCACUGGAUGAUAAUAAAAGAGUGUAUGCAAACAGACUGAUGGAGGGGGUGAAGACCUAUGGAGGAGGACAGGUCAAUGUCAAUAAAAUAGAUGAUACUCUUGAAAACAUGGGAUUUUCACUUGAAGAAAAAGAAAUUGAGGAAUUGUAUAGUCACCUUCCAAUUAAUGAUGAAGGAAAAAUUCAACUGAAAUCACUUCUGGAUGAAGCAAAUAAAAUUUUAGGAGAAGAAAUUGACCGUGGUGACCUGGAAAAUGUUCUGCAAAGCAUAGGCUUAAGUCCCCACCUGAAGGAAAACUCUGUGCUGAUGAAGACUUUGCCACUUGACGCUACUGGAAAGUUGUAUAAGCAUAAAUUGCUGGAUGGCAUAAAGUCUCUCCCAGGUUUGAAGCUUAAUGUUCGCAAGCUAGAACCCUUCAUGGACUACAUGGGCUUUCACCUUGGAGAAGAGGAAUUCCAAGACCUGACAGACAGCCUGCCCGUGGAUAAGGAAGGAAUGGUUAAUAUGAAUGUGGUAAUGGAUGCAGGAGAUCUUUUUACAGGUGAGAAGGUUGCCACUAGUAACCUGGAAGAUUUCCUGGAAACUAUGGGGAUAAGCCUCACCGAGGAUAAAGCCAAGAAACUACGGCAUAAUCUGCCAGCUGAUGCCAAAGGAAGUGUGUAUAAGAACAGAUUGAUGAAAGCCCUGGAGAGUCUCAAAGGGACAAAGGUGUCUUCAGAUAAGGCGGAAAUUUUUAUUAAAAAUGCAGGAAUUGAUCUCAAGAAGAAAGAAAUCCAAGCACUGAAGGACCAUCUGCUAGUUGACGAUAAUGGGAAGGUUGAUUUGAAUGUGUUGAUGGCUGAAAUUAAAAAGAUUACAGGAGAAAAGUUUCAUGCUGGGGACCUGAAAAAUGUUUUGGGCAACAUGGGAAUACACAUCACAGACAAAGAGCACAAAAAGCUGCUGAAAACUCUGCCCAUUUCUGCUAAUAAAAAGGUGUUUAAGAAAGACCUCCUGAAUGGGAUGAAGUCCUUCAAAAGAGGAAAGGUCAAUAUCCGUGACUUAAAAAAUGUGUUACAAAACACUGGCUUCACACUUGAAGAAACAGAAAUCAAAGACCUGCAGGCUCACCUACCAGCUAAUGAAUAUGAAAAGGUUGACUUGGAUGUGCUGAUGGAUGAAGCAAAAGCUUUCACAGGAGAAAAGGUUGCAGCCACGAACCUAAAACAUGUGCUGGAAGACAUGGGAAUCAGACUCACUGCAGAAGAAUAUUCGAGGCUGUUGAAAACUCUGCCCAUCUCUAGAGAUGGAAUGGUGUAUAAGAAAAGAUUACUGGAUGGUGUGAAGGCUCUCAAAGGGAAAAAAGUCUAUGUUCAUGAGCUAGAAACACUUAUGGAGAGCUUGGAACUUGAACUUGGAAAAGGGGAUUAUGAAGACCUACUCAGCUAUCUGCCAGUUGAUGAGAAUGAAAUGGUUGAUUUAAAUGAGGUGAUGGAUGAAGCAAACACUUUUACAGGAGAGAAGGUUGAUGUUGGUGACCUGGACAAGGUCCUGUGGAAAAUGGGGCUUACACUCAGUGAUGGGGAACAGAAGAAGCUGCUCCGAGCUCUCUCCCCGUACACCGACAGGAAGGUGUAUAAGAAGAGGGUGCUGCAGAGUGUGAAGGGCCUCCAUGGACCACGGGUCAAAGUAAAAAAAGUGGAAUCUCUUUUGGAAAAUAUGGGAAUUAAAAUUACAGACGAAGAACUUGAGGAAGUAAUGACCCAACUACCAACUGACAGUGAUAGAACUGUCGCUCUGAAGGAUCUAAUAGACACGGUCAGUUAUGUCAAGGGAGAGGUGAUUGAUACCGAGAACUUAGUCAACUUUCCAGCAAGAGAGGGGAUUGAACUCACAGAAGAAGAAAUAAAGGACCUGAUGCCUCAUUUGACAUAUAAUGGAAAAGGAAAAGUUACUGUGGAUUCAGUAAUGGAGGGUCUGAAGAAGAUUACACACCCAGUCACUGGCCACAUGGCAGUUUCAGAACUCAAAUCAAAACUUAAACUGAACCCUCUAAAAGUACCUGUCUUCCACAGCAAGAGGGAUAAAGAUCUACCGAGGUCCCUUCCAGGCCAGCCACACCACAAAGAAAAGUUGAGCCCACCACAAAUGGAAGCCUUCCAAGACGCCUACAACUUCUUCAGCAAGGACAAAACUGGAUGUAUUGAUCUGAAUGGGAUGAUGAGUACUUUGGCUAAGUUAGGAAUGAGUCUAACCAAGCACGAUGUCUAUAAUGAACUAAAAUGUGCUGACCUUGAUCGAGAUGGGAAGGUGAACUUCUCAGACUUCUUAAAGGUGCUGACAGAUAAGAACCGCUUCCUCAAAGCUGUGGUUCCGGAAAAGGACAUCUGUUUAAAUUUAAGUGACAACGCAGGGAUCCUAUUAUUUGAAAUCCUAUCAAAGCUUAUAGAGACUUCAGCCCUACCCAGAAAGACUAUAAUGGACAUAGUAAGCUACUUCCGAAGAAAAUUCCAGGAUAUCAGUGCAGAAAUGCUGUGGAAUCCGAGUGCUGUGGGUUAUGGGAAAAGAAGGUUUAAGCCAGAUGUGUGCACGACUUCCAGCUCAAGCACAGCGGCCUUCGCCAGUGCUGCCCGCAUUGCAAUUACAAGUGAAAAGGAUUUAUUUAAAUUUCUUGAAGAGCUUAAGAGGUGCAAUUUCCCUUCAGACAGCCCGUACUCGAAAAUACCCAUCUUCCCGUUGUUCCCUAACAUGGAUGGUAUGGUGAUGGGAAAACCUUUCAAAGACACACAGAAAUUAGAGAUGCUAAGGAGAAAAGAGCCCCUGAAUUUCUUUGAGGACUACUUUUUCCAUAGAAGAGACUGGAAAGCACAGGCAGCCAAUGUAAAGCCUAUCAACCCUCCCUUGAGCUACUCGGAUGACAUCCUUAUCCUCGACCAAAUACUCAAGAAAAAGCAGAUGUGGACAGUGGCCGACACAGCUGCUGUUAAGCAGCAGGUGAAGAGAGCUACAGACACCUAUCAUUUAGGAAUUGCCCUUGAACACCAGAAAGGAAUGCUCAAUCUCUGGCAGAAGAUCCGAGGGGAUUUGAUUGGAAUAGACACUAAAAAUGAGUCUUUCUAUGACACCUUUUCUACUUAUACCUGGUCCUGGAACGUUUGCCAAGAAUUGCUCUCUCCGAAGGACUUACGGUUGUUUAAUGCUUACGUGAACAGAAAUUCCUACCCCACCUAUGGCUUCUCUUCCUCAUCAGAUAACAGUGAAUGUGACUCCGAGACCGAAAGGAAAAGAAAACGGAAAAAUUGCAAAGGGUUUCGACAAUGAAAUUUCUACAUUUUCUAAACAGCUCAUCGAAAACUACUUUUUCAUAAGUAUCAAAAUUAUGGUUUCUUGCUUUUCUCUAGUACAUUCUUAGCAGCUGGAAAUGUUGACAUCUUUUGGAUUCCAGCCAGUAAAACAGCUUAACUCAUAAA